GUGCGCUGUGUGGUGAAUGACACAAGCGCAGCAUGUGAGUCAGUUGUCAGCAGGAGAUUAUCCCAGUUGAUUUUGGGCAAGAAGUGGAAUACAACUUGGACUGGUUGCCGGCUGUUUUUACUGAACGAGCCAAUUGCACACACCAUGUUCAACGCUUAGUGUGCAGCCUCACCAUGUGGCCGAAUUUUGUUCUUGCGCACGGGGUGAGUUUUCUGUUGCCAGGCAACGUAGAGUGCACAGGGCAAAAAUAGCUUCACCAAUUUCAUGUCUACCUAUCUAUUGACUGCUGGUUCGCAUUGAGAAAAUGGCAACAAAGGAAAAAGAUUUGGUCCAUCAGAAUGCAAUUCAGGUCGAGAUGAUCAGGAAAGAGCAAAGACAACAAAGACUUCACACAGAGUUUAGCAUCAAUCCACACCGAAAGUUACACAUUUUACCAGACAAACCAAUGUGCAGAAAACCACAAGAAGUGAUUCCUGAAAAUUCCGAUUUCAUCGAAGCCUUUCACAAAGCUCGCCAGGAGCCCACUAAGAAAUACCCAAUGCCAAUGACUGAAAGUCAGGAGAUCGGAUGGGUGUCUACAGCCCUGAUCCAAACAAAUCGCAAUGACAAUAGAUUGAAUUUCUUCCGACACAGCUCAGAUAUUACCAAGCAUCAAGAGUCGAUCCUACGCACUUCAAAAUAAAUCAACAACUAAAGUAACCACCAGUUAUCAGUUACAGAUUGGAUAUAAACAGUAUACCCACUCCUGUUCAAAACCAGUUAUCAGUUACAGAUUGGAUAUAAACAGUAUACCCACUCCUGUUCAAAUUCUAAGUUCUUGUAAUAUUAAAAAUGACACCAAUCAGGAUGAAUAUGAAAAAAAAAAUCCUGAAAAUUAGAAUUGUGUUUAUGUUAAACAAAAAAAAAAACAACGCAAUAGAAUAUCGCCUAAGCCACACUGAAAGACUCCCACCGAAAAAAGACGACUAUUUAUUUAGAACUACCAAGGGUGGGUCAGUUGAUACAAAUCACUUUUGUAUCCAGAAGGGUCAUCUGACUCUAAUCAACAUAUCUUUUGUGAGCAUUGAGGUCCUUAUUAUUCAUUCCCAUUCACACUCGCAAAACCACAGGGUUGGAUUGCUCCAAUUAGCAUCUUGAGUGUUUUCAGGGCAGGGCUGCCUUGGCUUUGUCGGACAGUGGACCACUAAGGCAGGCAAUCAGGCGGACAACCAUUUUACUGUAUGUUUUAGUGUUUGGUAACUGCUCAGUAUGGUUGUCUAACGUGAUUGAAUUUUGCACGAUUUGACA